AUGGUGGAAAACACGAAAUCUGCUUUGGCUGCCUUCUCCUCCCCGGGGUCGCUGCCCCUGCUGGUGCCGGGCGCCGGCGGCGGCUCCCCGGGGCGCGGCGCUGCCCUGCCGGGCCCGGGCGGCGGGGGGCACCGGCUGGAGGCGGUGAUGGAGAAUCUGCAGCGGCAGCAGGCGGCGCGGCUGGCCCGGGUGGAGGAGAAGCUGCGGCGGGGGCAGGCGGAGCCCGGCCCGGGGCAGCUGCGCUCCGCGGUGGGGAGCCGCAUCCAGCAGCAGGCGCUGGCCCUCCAGCAGUACCAGGCGGCGGUGCGCUGCGGGCUGGCCCCUCGCGGCCGCCUGGGGGGGUCCCCGCCGGGCCCCGGCGCCCAGGAGCACGGCGAGGAGGAGGACCUGGAGGAAGAGGCGGGGGCGGCCCGGUACCCGCCGCGCUCCCCCAGCGCCCCGCAGCAGCGCCCGGAGCCCGCCCGCUCGCUCUCCCCGCCGCGCCAGCCGCCGCCCCAGCACCACGAGUGGACCUACGAGGAGCAGUUCAAGCAGCUCUACGAACUGGACGACAACCCCAAGCGGAAGGAGUUUCUGGACGACCUCUUUGGCUUCAUGCAGAAGAGAGGGACUCCAGUGAACCGAAUCCCCAUCAUGGCCAAGCAGGUGCUGGACCUGUACACGCUGUACCGGCUGGUGACCGAGAAGGGCGGCCUGGUCGAAGUGAUCAACAAGAAGAUCUGGCGGGAGAUCACCAAAGGCCUCAACCUCCCCACGUCCAUCACUAGCGCGGCGUUCACACUCCGCACGCAAUACAUGAAAUACCUGUACCCCUACGAAUGUGAGAAACGAGCCCUCAGCUCCCCCGGCGAGCUCCAGGCCGCCAUCGACAGCAACCGGCGAGAGGGGCGCAGGCAGAGCUUUGGCACGGCGCUUUUCAGCUACUCCCCCGUGGGCACCCCGGCCAUGCUGGGCUCCCCGAAGAUCCCCGUGCCGGCCCUCGCCAUCUCCACGCACAGCUGCAGCCAGAUGAGCCAGGUGCACGCCAUUAAGAAAGAAGACGGCAUCCUGUCGGCAGCGGUGCCCAGCCGGAUCGCCAUCCCCGUCAGCCUGGCGGGGCACCGCAUAGCCGCGGCCCAGGCCCAGGCCGCCGCACUGGAGCAGCUGCGGGAGAAGCUGGAGACGGGGGAGCCGCCCGAGAAGAAGAUGGUGCUAAUGGCGGAGGAGCAGCAGCGGCUGAUGCAACACGCCCUGCAGCAGAACCUGCUGGCCAUGGCCUCACAGUUCCCCAUGAACAUCGAGAUCAGCAACCGAGAUGACAGACAGGAGACCGCAUUGAACCUGUCCACCAGCGGCAUUAGCAGCAUCAACAUGUCAAUAGAAAUAAAUGGAGUUGUCUACACAGGUGUCCUGUUCGCCCGCAGACCCCUCGUCCCGGGGGCACCCGGCAGCAACAGCAGCAGGAGCUCCCACGGCCAGGCGAGCCCGGUGCCCGCGCAGAACCAGCGGCUCUCGGCCUCCUCACGCAGUCACACUCCCGCCAGCGCCUCGCCGUGA